GCAAUAACAAUAACAAGCCUGGCGGUGAGAGGACUGCUGCUGCAGCUGCUGUGUGUGUGUGAGUAGUCUGCAGAGCACAGAGAGCACCAUGUCCCACAGUGCGCAGGAUGAGCCCCUGCAGGCAGGUUCCUGGGUAGAGCUGCAUUUCAGCAACAAUGGUAAUGGGGGCACGGCUCCGCUUGUGGGCCAGGAGCAAGUGCCCGCCUCAAUCUCCAAUUACAAUGGCGAUAUGGAAAAGAUACUUUUGGAUGCCCAGCAUGAGUCUGGAAGAAGUAGUUCCAGAGAGAGCUCCAAUUGCGACAGUCCACCGCGAUCUCAGACUCCGCAGAGCAUACAAAGAUUGAGUGACAGUGACACUCACGGCAGCAAAGAGAAAAGCAGUUCCCAGUCAGAAGAGGAUUACAUUGAACGGAGGAAAGAGCUAGAGAACUUAUUAAAGAAGAACUCAGACUGGAUCUGGGACUGGUCAAGCAGGCCUGAGAAUAUUCCACCUAAGGAAUUUGCCUUCAGGCACCCCAAGCGCAGUGCGGCUCUCAGUAUGAGGAACACGAGUGUUAUGAAAAAGGGUGGAAUUUUCUCCGCUGAGUUUUUAAAGGUUUUCCUGCCAUCAUUGCUGCUCUCUCACAUACUUGCUAUCGGACUGGGGGUAUAUAUUGGAAGGCGCCUGACAACCUCUACGGGCACGUUCUAGAAUGCAGAAGCAGCAACAUUAGAGUCCAGCAUGAAACGAGAGAGACAAUUGGUCCUUCUGUAAAUGAAUGUUGUGUAACAAGCUCAUAUUGCUUAGUGCGGGGCUGAUAGCCUCUAUAUCUAAGGUAACCUAUUUUACUCAGAUCAGUGGGCAUGCUAUACGUAGGUUUCCAUCUACUGUGAAUUGUAAUGUAGCUGUAGACAUGAUUGUAAGUUUAUUUUAUAAAUCCCUAGUGCCUACUUUCA